CAGGGCCCAGCUUUGGGACUUUGCAUAGCUCAGCCUGAAGCAGUAGCGAAGUGAUUGAUUCUGGGUUACUUCUCCAAAGUAGCCUUGUAAUGGAAAUAAUGAGCUCCAUUAAAGUCUAUUAUACCAGCGUGUCAGGGUCCAGGGAGGUGAAGCAGAGACAGGAAGAAGUUACCAGAAUUUUAGAUAUUUACAAAAUAAAGUAUGAGUUAAUAGAUAUUUCUGUCAGUUUGAAAGUACUUCAAGAAAUGAGGAUGAAAGUUUCCACCCCUAAGGCUCUACCACCUCAGAUAUUCAACGGUCAAGAAUAUUGUGGAGAUUUUGAAAUGUUUCACAAGGCAAAGGAGAACAAAGAGAUUCUGAAAUUCCUGAAGAUGGAAUGAAUGUGCAGUGAUGAUACAAAAGAUGUUUACUGAGAUGGAUCG